AUGGCACCUUCCCUUGUCUCGGCCGUACUUUCGGGCUCUGUCCUCCUGGCAGCAGUCAAUGCUCAGAACUUCGAAGGCGGUGGCCGCGAUGAAGAUGCGUUUGAGUACGUACAGCCGCUCAACACCACCAUCUUGACCGAGUAUGGCUCCUCACCAGCUGUCUACCCGUCGCCAAACAUCACCGGCGCUGGUGGCUGGGAGAUGGGUCUUGAGAAGGCGAAAGCUUUCGUAGCCCAGCUCACACUUGAGGAGAAGGCUGACAUGGUCACUGGUCAAGCCGGACCUUGCGUUGGCAACAUUGUUGCUAUCCCUCGUCUUGGCUUCCCCGGUCUGUGUCUUCAGGAUGGUCCUCUUGGAAUUCGUGUUGCAGACUACGCCAGCGUCUUCUCCGCUGGUGUCUCUGCCGGAGCGACAUGGGACAAGGACAUCAUGUACGAGCGUGGUCAUGCCAUGGGCGCAGAGUUCAAGGCCAAGGGCUCUCAGGUCUUCUUGGGUCCCGUCGCUGGUCCUCUCGGACGUUCCGCCUAUGCAGGCCGUAACUGGGAGGGAUUCUCCUCUGACCCUUACCUCAGUGGUGUGGCAAUGGAGAAGACCAUCAACGGUAUCCAGGAUGCCGGUGUGCAAGCCUGCGCAAAGCACUGGAUUGGCAAUGAGCAAGAGAUCAUGCGAAACCCGCUUUACGAAGACGAGAACGACAACACCGAGCAGACGACGGCGGCUCUCUCUUCCAACAUCGACGACCGCACCAUGCACGAGCUUUACAUGUGGCCCUUUGCCAAUGCUGCCAAGGCCCGCGCUGCCAGCUUCAUGUGCUCUUACCAGCGCAUCAACGGCUCUUACGGAUGCCAGAACUCCGCCUCGCAGAACGGUCUGCUUAAGACUGAGCUUGGCUUCCAGGGCUACAUCAUGUCUGACUGGGGUGCCACUCACUCUGGUGUUGCCUCCAUCGAGGCCGGUCUGGACAUGAACAUGCCCGGUGGACUUGGUGCCUACGGUCUGAACUUUGGCCUCCCUUCAUACUUUGGCGGCAACGUCACUGCUGCUGUCAACAACGGCACCGUUGAUGUUUCCCGCAUCGACGACAUGGUCAUGCGCAUCAUGACUCCUUACUUCCAACUCGGCCAAGACCAAGACUUCCCCUCGGCUGACCCCUCAGGCGCUGAUCUGAACACCUUCUCGCCCCGUAGCACAUGGACCCGCGAGUACAAUCUCACCGGCGAAGUCAGCCGUGAUGUCCGUGGCAACCACGGCGAGCUUAUCCGCCGCCAUGGUGCCGCUGGCAGCGUCCUCCUCAAGAACGUCGACCGCACUCUGCCUCUCAAGGCUCCCCAGAACGUCGCUAUCUUCGGUAACGACGCAGGCGACCCAGCACGCAGCUCUGUCAUCAACCAGCAGAACUACGAAUACGGUAGCAUUCUCGCUGGCGGUGGCUCAGGUACCGGCCAGUUCACCUACAUGGUCACCCCUCUCCGUGCCAUUCAGAACCGUGUCGCCGCGGAUGGCGGUAUCACUCAGUUCUUCCUCAACAACACUCACAUCAUCGCCAACAAUGUCAGCACCCUUGUCAUUCCCCGCGCUGUCCCCGAAGUUUGCAUUGUUAUGCUCAAGACUUGGGCUGAGGAAGGCGAUGACCGUGCCCACCUGGGAUCUGACUGGGAGGGUGACGAUGUUGUCGAGUCUGUCGCUUCUUACUGCAACAACACUGUCGUUGUUACCCACUCUGCCGGUGUCAACACUUUGCCAUGGGCUGACCACCCCAACGUUACCGCUAUCCUGGCUGCCCAUUUCCCCGGCCAAGAGUCUGGAAACUCGCUCGUUGACAUCCUGUACGGACACGUAAACCCCUCUGGUCACCUUCCUUACACCAUUGCCGAGAACGGUGAUGACUGGAAUGCGCCUCCCACCACCGCCAUCAACACCACCGGAUUUGCCGACUGGCAGAGCUGGUUCGACGAGAAGCUCGAGAUUGACUACCGCCACUUCGAUCUCCAGAACAUGUCUGUCCGUUACGAGUUCGGUUUCGGUCUCUCAUACACCACAUUUGAGAUCUCCGACAUCGAGUCUUCCCCUCUGGAGCACAACAUCACAUCCAUGCCCGAGCAGCUGCCCAUCCAGCCCGGUGGCAACCCCGCUCUGUGGGAGUCUCUCUACAACGUCACUGUAUCUGUCGCCAACACCGGUGACUGUGCCGGUGCCACCGUUCCCCAGCUCUACGUCGGCCUUCCCUCUUCCGCCCCAGCCGGUACGCCUAUCCGCCAGCUCCGCGGCUUCGAGAAGGUAUACCUUGAGAAGGGCGACAAGGAGACCGUGAGCUUUGAGCUUCAGCGCAGGGAUCUGAGCUACUGGGAUAUUGUCAGCCAGCAGUGGGUCAUUCCCGAGGGCGAGUUCACCAUCUGGGUCGGACUGAGCAGCCGAGACCUGAAGGUCCAGGACAGCUUUACUGUUGUUGGACAGUAG